AUGCCUUCACAGGUUCUCCGGUUUCCGGAUGGAAACAUGGUGAUGACGGAUAUUGACCGUCGUUACUGUUCACGCGAAGUGCCAAUGAGGGUAUUGGCUCUUGGUCUCUGUCGUACUGGCACGUUGUCGUUGACAAAAGCACUGAAAACUAUGGGGUAUUCCCAUACUUGUCACGCUAAUGAUGCCAUAUUUUCCAACUCCCGAGACUGUGAGUUAUGGAUGCAGGCUUUGCGUGCCAAGUUUGAUGGUAAAGGGAAACCCUGGGGGCGCAAAGAGUUUGACCAACUUCUGGGUCAUUGCCAGGCCGUUACAGACAUUCCUGCUAUUUGCUUUGCUGAAGAGCUAAUCAAAGCUUACCCCGAGGCGAAGGUCAUUAUUACUACCCGCGAUGUGGACGCAUGGCAUAAGUCCGCAAAAAGUACUAUCAACUCUUUGAUUACAUCCCCAUUUUUCCACGUGUUCAAUGUGGUAGAUGCAAUUCUUCGAACCCGCGUGCGCAUGGUAAGGCCAACAUUUGCCAAGGCAUGGAAUGAGCUUUUCGAGGGCAGCUUUGAGCUUAAUGCUCGACGGGUGUUCUUUGAACACCAGGAAAAGAUCAAAUCGCUCGUGCCUUCGGAUAAUCUCUUGAUCUACCAACUCAAAGAAGGGUGGGAACCAUUGUGCAAAUUCCUUGAUCAACCGAUUCCUUCCAUCUCAAUGCCCCAUGAAAAUGAGAUGAAAGUCAUGCAACAGAAAUUCAACAAAGCACUCUUGUACAAUGCUCGAGAGUAUUUGAUUCAGUCAUUCUAUCUUCUGUCUUCGGGUUCGUUUAUCUUGCUCGUAUUAUCGUCCAUGUGUGGAGAUGAAAUUAUUGGCCCACGGUUACUCUCUGUGGUAUGGUCGUUGGUGGAUCAAUGGAAACUGGUUCUUGCUGCUAUGUCCAACCCAUGA